AUGAUCCGAUGUGGCUUGGAGUUGGCAUUCACUGUCAACUUCACCUUCGCUCUCUUGCCCCACUCUGGUCGCGCCGGGCCCAGCGGCUUUGCGUUUGUGAUUGCCGCAACGGCCAAGGCAGGGAAACCAGGAGGUGUGGGGUACAGCGGGAUGGGAGCUCGGAGCAUAGCCAUUACUUUUGACAUUAAAGAGAGUCACCAGCGCAUGGGGCUGAACAUGAAUGGCAGAGGGGAACCCGUGGUGUCGAAGGUUUCACCAUUCAUGCUCACUGAUGGCAAUUCAUACACGGCGUGGGUGGAUUAUGAGCCUGGGGAUCCGGGCACCUUUCGAGUCUUCUUGGCGAGCUCGAACGAAAAGCCAGAGGAGCCGCUGCUGCUGCAGAAGGGUGUGUCGCUGUGUGCUGUGCUGCGGCCGCGGGUGAAGCAGCAGCGUGCCGCGUUCUCGUUUGGGUUUACGGCGUCUACUGCUUUCCAGCUGCAUGGCAUUCUAUUCUCUGCUGUGCAAACAGGCAAGGCUAUUCUGGGCAGUCCCAAACCCCACUCUCUGGCUUCUGUGCUUAUCUUUCGUCUUGUGUUUUCCUCAACAGGCGCCCCUUCAUCCAAGGUCGUCCAGACCAAGGAGCAAGAGGCCACAUUUGCACCGACUCGAGCCAGUCCCUUUUCGCGCUAUGUGAGUGCGGACUUCAAGCUGUCGGCCACCAGAGCGGACUCGUGGAGCAUUCGUGACUUCCACACGUGGGACAAUGUGCCCUUCCUCAACUGGCCUGUCAAGAACCAAAACGACUGCAAUGCGUGCUGGGCGUAUGCGGUGGUGGCGAGUGUGGAGGCGGCAUACGGCAUUGCAAAGCAGCAGAGCGCUCCUCGGCUGUCAGUGGAGGGUCUCUUUGCGCUCAUGGGUCUCACUGAUUCAGACAAGUGCUUUGCUGGCGGCUCCCCCACCCAGGCUUUUGAGACGCUCACAGCUCUCGAUGCCUCCAGUGGUCUCACAGGGGACAGUGACCUGGCAACAACGUAUCCGGUGCAGGCGUUUGAACGAGCGCAGUUCAAGGGGUAUGUGGGGCUCAUGCUGGCAGUGCAGCGACAGCCAGUGGUGGUUCACAUUGAGGCGUCUCCAACCUUCAUGCUGUAUGAUGGGACAUUCAAGUACCAGGAUCCUGGUUGCUACACGGGCAAUCUCAACCACGUUGUACUCGUUAUUGGCUACUUCAUUACAAGAAACGAUGGCAGCCAGAACCGCUUUGCUCCUCCGUUUUGGAUCAUCCGCAACUCGUGGGGAGAAGAGUGGGGCAAGAGAGGGCACAUGCGCAUGGACAUUCAGGGAGGGGAUGGCGUGUGUGGCAUUAACAUGCUACCUGGCAUCUACCCUAUCGUCAAGAGCGACCCCUGCGGCCAGAGCAGCUACAAGGGCGAUGGGGAUUCGCAGGCCAGCAUGAACCCGUGUGGUCGCUUCCAGUGCCAGGGGACGACAGACACCACCAACAUCUGCACCUGCAACAUUCCCACCGCUCCUGUGCAGCCCUUUGUGGAGGUUGAGAAUGGAUACGGCUCCAACACAUGUGCUUAUGUGGACGUGUGUGGGUCAUACUUCAAGAACCCCUGCUACGUGGGAGCAUGCAUCAACGAUGGCAAGGGCUCCUACUCCUGCGUCUGCCCUCCCAACCACGUUCAGAGCACAACAAUUGACGGCUUCCCCACCUGCGAUCCAACCAAUACCACGGCCAUCACAAUGACAGUCAGUGGCGACAACUGGUGGUGCUCUGAUGUUCAUCCCCUUGUUGGCCUCUCACUGAUUGACUUCACUGACCAAAACAUAGUAAGUGAUGAGGGCAUUGACUGCAGCCAGCCGUUGCCCAAGGGCAGUGUUCUUCAGCUGGAUGGUACUCCUGCCACACCCUGCACUGCCUUCUUCUACUCCCUCAACGGGGACACCUGUGCCUACAUCAGCAGACCGCUCAAGUUCACAGAACCUGAUCUCACCGCACUCAACCCCGGCCUUGACUGCUCCAAGCCCAUCAAAGCCGGCAGCUCCGUGUGCAUUGAGCGCAGUGCUGCCUUCGCAUUCACCGUACCCGAGUGUGUGAGAUACGGCACGCUCACACCUCAAGACACGUGCGAGCGGCUGCUUCAGAGGACAGGCACUUCACCAGGAGGUGUCAGUGCCAUUGAGAAUCAAUGGGCUGCACUGUACCGCAACAAUCCUGGCCUCACUUGCUCUGCCACUAUCCCUUCCUCUGCCUCCGCUGUCGGCAGCAACAUUGGUGUACAGGUGAGGACUGUGAGGGCUGGGGGGAAACCCUCUGGGAUGGGGGAGCACGGAAUGGUGGGCAAAGAUUUGCCUGACAGCAGAGUAUUGGUCGUUCACGAUGGGGAUAUGCAAGAAGGGUAG